CACAAUCACUGUAAACGCAGCUUUCAGUUCUCCUGCGGCACCGCCACAACGUCAUCCGGCGGGCGCAGCGUCGUGCUGCGCUGACGUACAGCCUUGAAAGGCGGGGCGAGGCCGGCGCAGCUCUGACCAGCUAGCCCGCUGGCUGAGGCGGGUCCGGCGCCGCGCGGAAGUGCUUCUCUGAGGGGCGGAGAGAGGCCGGCGCGGCGCUACUCUGUGACGUACGUCCCCGCGGGCGGUGGCGGCGGCCCUUCAUGCUGCGGCGCCCGCUGGCCGGGCUGGCGGCGGCCGCCCUGGGCCGGGUCCCCUCGGACGUCCUCAAAAUGUAGGAGGAAAUUCUCCUGGCACGGGAAGCUCCAAACAGCUUGUAAAACCCCUGCAGCUUGAGGACUUCAUGCUGGAUGCCAUUGCGGACCCUGCAGGAUGCGUGGGGGCAGAGAGGGGAGCAGCCUGACACCCCUCUCCAAGCUCAUCCCGAGCAGCCCCAAGGUGAGCACGGAGGCUGCACCCCACGCAGAAGGGAUGUCAGGACCAAGGCCCGUUGUCCUGAGUGGACCCUCAGGGGCUGGGAAGAGCACCCUACUGAAGAGACUCCUGCAGGAACACAGCAGCAUCUUCGGCUUCAGCGUGUCCCACACCACAAGGGACCCGAGGCCAGGAGAGGAGAACGGCAAAGAUUACUACUUUGUGACCAGGGAGGUGAUGCAGCGGGACAUCGCUGCAGGAGACUUCAUCGAGCAUGCCGAGUUCUCAGGGAACUUGUAUGGGACCAGCAAAGCAGCUGUGCGGGCCGUGCAGGCCAUGAACCGCAUCUGCGUGCUGGAUGUGGACCUGCAGGGCGUGCGCAACAUCAAGAAGACCGACCUGCGGCCCGUCUACAUCUUUGUGCAGCCACCCUCACUGGAUGUCCUGGAGCAGCGGCUGCGGCAGCGGAACACAGAGACGGAGGAGAGCCUGGCUAAGCGUCUGGCUGCUGCCCGGGCUGACAUGGAGAGCAAGCCUCCACUGACCCUGCCCCCACCCUCAGGCGAGGAGCCCGGCCUGUUUGACCUGAUCAUCGUCAACGACAGUCUGGACAAGGCCUACUGGGCCCUGAAGGAGGCGCUCUCCGAGGAAAUAAAGAAGGCUCAAGCAACUGGUCACUCCUGAGCAGGUCCACCGGCUAUAACUCCUCAGGUGGGGCCUAGGGCCUGGCACCCACCCGCAGCGGGCCAGGAUCUCUGGCGGUGGCUCUGCUCACCUCAGCUAGCACCCAGGGUUUGGGGUGCUGCGUAUCUUCCCUCACUCCCCCACCGUGACUGGAGGACUUUGCUCUCACCCCCUCUCCCCAUGUCCCUUUCUAGGCUUCCUCCCCCCCCCUGCCCUAUCAACUCCCCUCCCAUGGAAGCUGGGCCAACAUCCAAAUAAAAAACUGCUGGGUUAGAGUGUC